AUGAAGACCGUCUACACUGCCAUUCCCUUGGCCCUGUUGGCUGCCGUGGCUCAGGCUGAGUCUCAGGCUCUCGGUGCCAAACAGUCUCGUGAUGUGGCCGGCCAUGGCCAUGACGGUGGACAUGACUUCCUAGGCGACAGUACUCAAGGGGGAGAUUUUCUCGGUGACACUCCUAAGCACAACUUCCUUGGUGGUGGUUUCAACGACGAUCAUGGCGGACAUCAAGGACAUGGCGGAGGUGAAGGUCAUGGUGACGAUGUAGCUUCUGGAUCCGAUUCUUCUUCAAAUGGCCCUCCAUUCGGCGGACCGCACGACUUCGGUAACCAGGAUGGCCCAGAUGUCUUCACCGGAGAUAACGACAUUGAUGGUGGCAUCAACGACGACAACAUCGUCAUCACCUCAGUCAGCAACCUGCAGCAAGAGGCGGAUGGUAAUGUGCUUCCUCCCGGCCCUCCAUACGGAGGUCCCGGUCCUGUCGAGCAUCCGGCCGACCAACUUCCACCACAGCAGCACUCGGAGCCCAAGCAAGGCCCGCCUGAUGAACAUCACGAUACUCCUGCUCCUUCAUACAAGCCCGGUUCUGCUCCUUCAUCCAGGCCCGAUCCUAAAGUAGUGACCACUCGGCAUUCGUCAACCCCAUACGCUUCUGCCCUGGCUCCUGCCCCAACGCGGGUUGCCGUUAAACCUCACCCAUCAGCUCCCGCAAUUUCUGAGGUAGACCCCCCGUGCCCUGAAGGAGCGGAUGGCACGCACCUCAUGCCUGAGCAUCAUGAUCCUGGCAGCUAUACCUCACCUCUGGGUCACGACGGCGGCCAUCCUGAUGGCCAUCCAGCUCCAGCCGGCCCCUUACACCUACCGCAACCAGUUGGCCAGGCAGCCUAUCCUUUCCCAUACCCCGGCGGUCACGCUGAUGAUGAUGACGAUGAUGAUGACGAUGAUGACAAUUAUCAUUUGUCAGCCCCUCAUCCUGGCAUUGGUGGUGAGGAUCAACACGGCAGCUACCCUGCUGCAGAUCCUCACCCCGGUGCUUCUGGUCCUGGACAGGGAACCUACGCCAAGCCUGGUCCUUAUUCUGGUCCUACUGGUCCUGGGAAUGACGGAAGCUACUCUGCUACAGAUCCUCAUGCCGGUGCUCCUGGUCCUGGGGGGCACGGAAGCUACCCUGCUGCAGAUCCUUAUCCCGGUGCUCCUGGCCUUGGGCAGGGAACCUACGCCAAGCCUGGUCCUUAUUCUGGUCCUACUGGUCCUGGGAAUGACGGAAGCUACUCUGCUACAGAUCCUCAUGCCGGUGCUCCUGGUCCUGAGGGGCACGGAAGCUACCCUGCUGCAGAUCCUUAUCCCGGUGCUCCUGGCCUUGGGCAGGGAACCUACGCUGCUCCUAGUCCUGGGGGUAUCGGAAGCUACCCUGCUGCAGAUCCUUAUCCCGGUGCUUCUGGUCCUGGACAGGGAACCUAUGCCAAGCCUGGUCCUUAUUCUGGUCCUACUGGUCCUGGGAAUGACGGAAGCUACUCUGCUCUAGAUCCUUAUCCCGGUGCUUCUGGUCCUGGACAGGGAACCUAUGCCAAGCCUGGUCCUUAUUCUGGUCCUACUGGUCCUGGGGAUGACGCAAGCUACCCUGCUGCAGAUCCUCAUCCCGGUGCUCCUGGUUCUGGGCAGGGAAGCUACGUUGCUCCUGGUCCUGUGGGUGUCGGGAGCUACCCUGCUGCAGAUCCUUAUCCCGGUGCUUCUGGUCCUGGACAGGGAACCUAUGCCAAGCCUGGUCCUUAUUCUGGUCCUACUGGUCCUGGGAAUGACGGAAGCUACUCUGCUCUAGAUCCUUAUCCCGGUGCUUCUGGUCCUGGACAGGGAACCUACGCCAAGCCUGGUCCUUAUUCCGGUCCUACUGGUCCUGGGGAUGACGCAAGCUACCCUGCUCCAGAUCCUCACUACGCAGCUGGUGGUGAUAAGCAAGAGCAUGGUAGCUACUCAGACCCUGCUCUUGGUGGUUAUCAAUCAUCUCCUCAGACCUACCACAAACCUAGCCCCGGUCAGCCUGAGCUCGAGUAUGAUCCAUCCAAGCCCUCCCUUCCCAGUCACCAAUACGGCAAGCCUGCUGCCCAACCAUUUGUUCCCCAUCCUGUGGUGACCGCAUACCACUCUUCAUCUGUUAGAAUCCAGUCAUCUCAUCUUCCAUCUUCGUCACAUCAUGCUUCUCACGGCUCCUCUCAUUCCCAUGUUGCCCACACAACUACAUCUUGUCAAUGGACCAGCACCGCUCGCAAGACCGAAGGCCCCAGCCUUACUGCCCCAAGCGCUAUGUCUCCUUCGAACUUCCGUGGUGGUGCUGGCACUCUCGCUGCUCCUGGCGGUUUCGGUAUGGCCGUUGUUGGUGCUUUGGCUUUCCUUCUGUGA